UGUGAUACAUCAGCUGAGAACCCGUGAAACUUCAGUAAACUUUACGGCUGGAGUGGUGCAAAACAUAAAAAAAGCUCAAUAAUAUCAUUUUCGUCGGAAAAAAUUGAAUCUCGAUCCUGCCAGUAACAAGUGUAAAUAUAUAUUUAUAGAUGCGUUGUUGAAAGAAGAAUUUACGGUGAAUGGAAAAAAAUGGUAAAUGGAAUGGAUAAUAAACAAAUAACUCUGGCGUUGUGCCUUCUGCUUUUUUGCGGGUCGGCGAGAGUGUUAGGCUCGUCUACAACAUCACUCAAAUAUCAAAUAAGCUCGUCCAGUGAGAAUGAUGAUGAUUACCUGUCACAAAAAGAAAAUGUUCUGGAAAAAUCCUAUCAUGGGUUGGUCCGUGAAAAUGAAACUUUGGUUGAAAUAACCCCUUUAAUUAAAGUUGAUGAGGAGAAAAUUUGUAACUUUCGCAUAUUAAAAAAACCGUAUCACGAAAUACCUUUUCAGAUUGAAUUAGUGAACAACUUAGGCAUUUUGAAGGCUCGUCGUACAUUGAAUUGUGAGAAGCGAAAGAGUUAUCACUUUGAGAUUGUGGCCAUUUUUUGCGAUGGCACUCAUUCUGCCGCGGCCAAUGUACAUAUAACGGUUAUUGAUAUUAACGAAUAUGCACCGACAUUUCUGCAGCCGUCGUACGUUACCGAGGUCGAUGAAGGACGCUUAUACAAAGAGAUCAUACGCGUCGAGGCGACCGAUAAGGAUUGUACACCAUUAUUUGGGGACGUUUGUAAAUAUGAAAUCCUCAAUAAUGAUCAACCCUUUAUAAUAGACAAUGAGGGUUCAAUCAAGAACAAUGAGCCGUUAUCUCAUAAAGCCUCCCAUAAUCACAUCUUAUCGGUGGUGGCAUACGAUUGUGCUAUGAAGGAGUCAGCGCCAAUUAUGGUGAGCAUUAAAGUGCGUCGUGUUUGUGAGGCAAGAUUCCUAGGCAUUCCUGAACGUAUAGAUUACACGGCAACUGCAACUGAAAGCCUUUCCCUUUUUCCAAAUGCACGACUUGAACUUUGCGACAUGGACUGUAGUAAUCAGAAUUUAAAUAUACAUACAUCAGUAGCUUUAAAGACAAAACACAUUUCGUUUGGCUGCGAUCGCGAUAUAUCUAAUUGCUCUACUGGGCUCUCAUUAAUCGACUUACUUCCUCGCAAUGCUGAGUGGACAAAAGACCUAAGUUAUGAUGAAGGAUUAGAACCUGUUUUUCAUUUCGAUGGAGCGACAGGUGUGACUGUGCCUGAUGUGAUAAUUACACACCACGACUUUUCCACGCGCCCCUUUAGCAUAAUCACAAUAUUCAGACACUACAACCUGGCGACCACCAGUAAACACAUCAAAGAACACAUAAUUUGCAGUGCUGAUGAUCACAAAAUGAAUCGUCAUCAUAUGGCAUUGUUUGUGCGCAAUUGCCGGCUAAUUUUAUUGUUGCGUAAAAAUUUCAACGAAGGUGACUUGAAUAUCUUCAGUCCUGCCGAAUGGCGUUGGAAAGUUUCGCAGGUAUGCGACAACGAAUGGCAUCACUAUGUGCUAAAUGUUGAUCAAUCAGCAAAAGUAGAAUUAUAUAUUGACGGCAUACGUUUUGAAAACUCAAUAGAAGAUCGGCACAGCAAUCCGGAAGUGAUAGACGACUGGCCGUUGCAUGCAGCACAUGGCGUCAACACAACCUUAGCAAUAGGUGCAUGCUAUCAAAGUUCAGAAAAUCGUUUGAAACAUGGCUUCAAUGGUGAUAUUUCUGAAAUAAAAAUAUCACUAAACUCGGUUCUUUCGCCGGAGGAUGUCCGAUGCGGUACCAAUUGUGCUGAGCAUUUGCUACCACCAUCAGAGAGUUUGUUGGAAGCUGACUCGCAGGUACAAACCAAUGCAGAAAUGAAUGAAAUAUACAUUGAAGGCCAGAGCAAAACCAACUUGGAACACUUGCUGCAAAAAAUUCAAUAUAUCAACACGAAAGAUAAUCCCACAAUCGGUCGGCGGAACAUCGAGGUACGCACAACUAUGAUGUGCAUCAACCAAAGCUCCACACGAUUACCGACCAUUGAGACUUACAUAAUGGUUAACGAGCCCAACCAAUUAAUACUGCCUAGCAAAGCUAUUGCUGACAGUAACGUUGUUUAUAAUAGUGAUAUGAGCGUCGGAGAAUUUAAAAACAAAUUGAUGGUAGCCCCAUAUGUGCCAUUCUUUAGAUCGUCGUUACCCGUUACAAUCAGAACAAAUGAUAUAAUCAAUCACCUGCAACACAAACAGUUCGAUGUAAAUAGUGAGGAAAAAGCUAAAAUUAUAAUAAACGGAAAUACAAAUAAUUUGGUUUCGUAUUCGGAAAUUAAACGUGGGGUUCAUAUACUAGGCACUAUUAAUAUAACUGUUGUAAACACCAACGAUAAAAUCGUGGCAAAUAUGCAAAAUUUGGAUUCAUGCAGUGUCAUCGUCUUCCCUUCAUUAAAUCCUGAUCACGAAGAGAUUCAGGUAGAUGGUGAUGAAUCGCUUUCCUCAACACUUGACAUUAAGACCAAUAUCAAUAAAGAUGGCGUUGAAAUGAUUGGCAAUGACGGAAUUACCAAUUAUUUGGAUGUCUUGAAAGCACUGGUUUAUAGUAAUAAGAAACCGGCUUAUUAUUUAAAUCGCGUCUUUAAGCUUGCUUGUACCCAGCUGAACUCGGUAUUUAAGAGUCAAGAAUUUACAUUGACUCUGACGGUAUUGCAUCCUAAGCUAGUGCCCAAGUCCACAACAGCUCCUGGGCCAGUGAUGGUCGUGCCAGAAAAUUCACCAUAUGACAAUAGCGUUGUGAAUGCCGGCGCCUUAGGCCUGACAUCACCGGAUAGCAGACUUUUUGCACAUGCUAUGAUUCAUCCACAUGAUGUCCAAGAACCCAAGGUGCAUGUGCAUUCUAUCAUUCACAAAGCUGAAAGCUCACAUCCGACAAUGCUAAUUAUUUUGAUCUGCAUAUUUUUGGUGAUACUUUUGUGCGGUGUAUUCAUUAUUCGUUUGAAAAAUAACAACCUGCCUGAAUCUUGCUCGAAGGUUGCCGAUGAAGGUUUGGUUUGGGAUGACUCGGCGUUGACGAUCACAAUAAACCCCAUGCAAACCGACGUUGUUUCGGAGGAUAGUUCUGACUCUGAAAUAUCCGAGUCUGAGGAAGAAGAAGUGGUAAAAGGUCCAUUUGCAAAUGUCAGCCAAUUGGAGUGGGAUAAUUCUAACAUGUUUACCUCGGUUGUUAACUAAAACCAGCAUGAAAUAUGGUUGGUUCGCAUGCAUAAAAGUUUAGCCAUAUAAAGACCACAAAAAGCCAAUAAAAUUAAAACCACAUGGCUACUGCACACUUUCGUAGGCUACAAAAUACUACAAUGAUGCUUUAAGAAAUCAUGGUGACAGCUUGGUUAUAAACAUUGUAUACACACACAUUAAUGUAUAAUGCUAUUUCAUAUUAAUUUAUGAUGUAAAAGCUGCACAGUAAAUUAAAAAAUGAGUGAAAUUGCGGCUUGUAAAAUGUAUGCAAAUAUAAAUAUAAACACAUGUAUGUUAUGUAUGUAUUUGUAAGUGUAAAAGAAGCCUACAAAAAUCACUAAAGCAACACAAAAAUAUUUGUUUAUGAUAAUUAUGUCAUAUAUUAAUUUUGCUUCAAUUAAAUGCCUAAUAAAGCGUAUUAACUUCUAAGA